CGCGCCGUUUGCACUAGGCUUUAGCCGCAUUAUAUUUCCUUUGAAACACAGAGGAUAGAACGCUGAAGGUGCGUGAAACCGCGCUGACGGUGACGUAGUUCAGUACAACCUCAGAGUAAAGCUGCAGCUACGCGAAUGCACGUGAUGGCAGCGUUGUUGAACCCUUCUUUUUAGUUGUAGCUGACUCGCACGUCUCCUCCCGUCGAAACUUCCAUCGGAGGAGUCUGACUAAGAUACUUGGUAUGCAGAUGGUUUUCGCGACCCUCUCUACAAUUUCUCCUAUCCCCAUCAUGGCGGCGUGUAGGGGAAGACACAGCUGAAGGUGCAAUCAAUGAAGCAACAGCGAGUUGGCCUGAUAGGGAGCGCCCGUCGCUCACCGGACUCCACCGUACCGCGAUCUCGGCUUGGAACCCUACCGCCAAGAUGAACAAUGACCGUAUUCGUAUGAAGGUGAUGCACCAUGCCAGUGCGCAUUUGCAUUGCCAUCCAGAUUGUGUAGCCCCUGGAAACUAUUCGGCCAGUGGAUGCCCUGUCACUGCCUACUAUAGUUUUUCUGUUCGUGCAGGUUGCCAUCGACGCCAUCUAUCGAAUGUCAUUGUUGGCUGGCAAGGAUGGCAACUCGGCUACCGGCUCUGGCUUCUUUGCCCACUUGCCCGAAAGAAAAAAAAAAAUUCCUUCGCUUUGAGCCAACCAACACACAGCAGAAGCUGGCGGCCAUAUUUCCGCGCUGAAGGCACCCAAUCCUAUUUGACGGAGGCAACACAGCAUACUAUGGUGAGAUGGUAUGGCCUCGAGUGGUCGAGUGGCAUGGCCGGAUUGCAAGGGAUUGACGGCGGCCAGCGAGGGCCAGCGAACGAUGGUCGGUUACGUAGCAGGGGUUCGCGCAAAUCUGGAGACGAGACCCAUGGAAGGCCAAGGGGGGGCGGGAAGUCGUUGUCAGUCGCUCGCUGGUGA